AUGGCGUCGACGUCGUCGGCGCCACUGCGCAUCCGGCACCUCACCGCGGCGGCCGCACAGCAAAUCGACCAGGAGCUCCUGGGCGCGUCGGGCGGCUUCUCCAUCGACCAACUCAUGGAACUUGCCGGUCUCUCUUGCGCCCAGGCUGUGUACUCGUGCUACCCGCCCUCACGAUACCCCAACGUCCUCGUCGCAUGCGGCCCGGGCAACCAGGGCGGCGACGGCCUCGUCGCGGCGCGCCACCUCUACCACUGGGGGUACGAACCCACCGUCUGGUACCCAAAAGUCGGCAAGACGGAGCUGUUUCAGAGGCUGAAGGUCCAGUUGCAAGGCCUCAGGAUACCCUUCAUCGCGGCAGAAGAUUUUGAAGACGCCCUCGGCGCGGCGGACCUCUUGGUAGACUCGAUCUUUGGCUUCUCGUUCAAGGGAGAUGUCCGGGAACCCUUCAAGGCACCCCUCGACCUGCUCAAGUACGAGUCGCGGAUCGAGUUUGAGGCAAGACGGAAGAUGCCGCCUGUGGUGUCGGUGGACAUUCCUUCAUCGUGGGACGUCGAAAAGGGAAACAUCAACAACGCUUUCACACCAAGCGUGCUCGUCAGCCUGACGGCGCCCAAGCUGGGCACGCGCGACUUUAAAGGGCGCCACUUCCUCGGCGGCCGCUUCAUCAGCGAGGACCUCGAGGAGAGAUUCGACCUACGGCUGCCCGACUACCCGGGCAGCGAACAGGUCGUGGAAAUCACCGGUUGCCAGCCUCUUGAGGGCCAGGAGCGCGACGACGCCGAUGCCCCUGAUUCGACGGCGGCGGCGUCGACGCCGGCUGCAAAGGCCUAG